UGGGCUCAGAAGCCAGUUGUUGGCGCUGUCCGUGGUGCUGAGGAAUUCCCGGCUGCCGGCGAAUGAGCUCCAAAUCAGCAGUCUGCAAACUGCUCUCAGUGAUGCAGAAACCCAGCUAAAGUUGCUCCUUUCCUUCACAUCCACAGUUAGUAUUUUCUGGUGUGUAAGAGGGGAUUCAAGCAACAUAUUGUGGAUGAUGCUGAUGGUACUGCCACGGAGUGGGCUUUAAGCUACAGUAUGCUAUUGCUGUUUGUGAUCCUCAGAGCCUAGCCAAAUCACCUCUACUGCCGUACCAAACACUGUGUAAGUGAACUCAUGUGUGGAGGAGGCGUAAUCAGCCGGUAAAUUUCAUAGAAGGAUCUGAGAAAAUGCUAAAAAUAAGUUCAACAUGAUUCUACUGGGGUCUGGAUUUCUACAGGACCAGCAUUGCUUCUUGCUUUGAAUUCUGAAGACAAGUCCAAAGCAUAUUUCUUAUGUGUGUCUGCUGUGUUUCUCUCUGGAAGGGCGGGAGACUGCUUCUUGACUGUGUUUUGAAAUGGGAGGUAGAGAGAAUGGAUUACCUUUAAUUCAUGCCUGAAAAUGUAUUCUUUGGAUAAUUAAAGAGGAACUGCUUUCCUAAAACAUACCUGAUCUUUUAGUUCAUAUUGGUCUAUGACUCCCACCACCACCAUUAACCUCCAGACUGAUUAGCCUACCCUUCUUGUAUUCCCAUGGAAGGAGCUGAGUAUAUUUAAUAAUAGGAGCACAUCCAGAAGCCUUUGAGGAGGGGGAUGGCUCUUCAUAUUCAUGAAGCUUGCAUACUUCUGUUGGUCAUCCUUGGAUUGGUCACCUCUGCUGCCAUCAGUCAUGAAGACUAUCCUGCUGAUGAAGGUGACCAGACCUCCAGUAAUGACAAUCUGAUCUUUGAUGACUAUCGAGGGAAAGGGUGUGUGGAUGACAGCGGCUUUGUAUACAAGUUGGGAGAACGAUUUUUCCCAGGGCAUUCCAACUGUCCAUGUGUCUGUGCUCUGGAUGGACCUGUUUGUGAUCAGCCAGAAUGCCCUAAAAUUCACCCAAAGUGUACUAAAGUGGAACACAAUGGAUGCUGUCCUGAGUGCAAAGAAGUGAAAAACUUUUGUGAAUAUCAUGGGAAAAAUUACAAAAUCUUGGAGGAAUUUAAGCCCUCUCCAUGUGAAUGGUGUCGCUGUGAGCCCAGCAAUGAAGUUCACUGUGUUGUAGCAGACUGCGCAGUUCCUGAGUGUGUCAACCCAGUCUAUGAACCAGAACAAUGUUGUCCUGUCUGCAAAAAUGGUCCAAACUGCUUUGCAGGAACAACAAUAAUCCCGGCUGGCAUUGAAGUGAAAGUGGAUGAAUGUAACAUCUGUCACUGUCACAACGGGGACUGGUGGAAGCCUGCUCAGUGUUCAAAACGUGAAUGCCAAGGCAAGCAGACUGUGUAGGACAAUUUCCCAACCGAGGAGGAGUUCUUAGGAAAGGAUGCUAUGGCUUCUACACUGCACAUGUUCAAAACAAAACAAACAAACUCCUGCCAGCUACAACAGGGUCACCAGCAAAACCUUUUAGGGUUGACAAAAGUGAAUAUUUUACUAAGAGGAAAUUUCUCUCUUUCCCUCUUGCUAUAUAAAAUAUAUAUGGUAUAUAGCUAUCGAAACCGCUUUUGUAAUUAUCCGUGCUUGAUGGUGACUUGACCACUGGAUUUCUGAAACUAAAAGGAAGAAACAGCCCCGUACAGGCUCCUUCUCUGGUGAGACCUCUAGCCUGCCAGCUCACCGUCCGCCAAUUUGCAUCAUUUCUACUCUUCUGUACAUCACCACCCAUGGCAUUUUUCUCUUGUAGAAUUUCUUUUCGUAUUUAGAAUCUAUGGGGUCAGAUUUGAUGGCACGGUUAAGUUUGGAGUGGUGUCAUAUAAGCUUUAGUAAAGGAAUAUCGGGGGUGAGGACCCUUCCUGACCAGGAGGUCACAAAAACAACUGACCAUCCCUCCCCUUGGGUGAAAGAUGCCCUGUAAGGUUCAGAAAACGAGAGCUACCUACAGCUGGACCCGCUGUUGGGGCAGGGCGGGGGGUCAGGGUUUGGUGCAGUAUGUGGGAGAUCACAAUUUAAUACUUACAAACCACACAUUUCAGACACAAAACCUUGAAACUGCCAAUCAAAAACUAAUAUGUGAAGAACACCCGAGCUUGACUACAGCAUCCAAAGGGAGCCAGGAAUUCACAACUGUAGCAUUAAUCACCAGACUUUCUCAUGAUGCCGAAUUUCAGUUCGGCUUGUAAGUCAACACUCUACACCCGCUCUGUCACCUGGCCCUCUCCAUACCAGAACCAGGGUGAGUAGCCCCACUGUGAAUCUGAAUCCUUCUGGAAACUCCUGGCUUUUGAGUUCAGAUCUGGCUGCAAGCCAGGAGUACCCACAGGCAGUUUUAUGGUUUGGGACUGUGUUUGCCAUGUUUUCGUAAUGACCGCUCAGCCCUAGGUCUAAAACACAGAUUCAGGACACUCUUUCCACCUCAAGUGCUGAUUUAAAUUCAAGAUUAGGGUAGAGUGAGUCUUGCACAAUACAAUUCCAUUUGUUGAACAUUUUUUAAAAUGUAUAUAUUCGAUACUGAACAAUUAAAGUGAAACUUUGAAGCAUCUCAAGGUUGCCCUGGUAAUGCUGCUCGUAUAGUAACAGAAAAAUAAAAUACACAGGGUAUCUGAUGCCACCUCGAGUCAAGAUUCUUGACACCACAUGGUGUAGUUAGUUGCUUAUUCCGCUCUCCUGUCUUGACAACCCUGGCGCAGACCUGGCAGGGUCCUUGAGAAAACUUUAAGGUUUUCUUCAUCACUGAUGUUCUUUGCUUUUCCACUCCCACCCGAGCCUGGGCUUUGCCAUAGCUCUCACGAUGUGCCGCAUUCCAGAACAAGGUUUUUCAAGAUGAAUUCUGUUGACAUUUGGACUAGACAAUUCACUGUUAAGGCGGGGUGGGGGGAGC